AGAUACUUUCACAUAAAUAUGAACCAAAGAUUUUGUUAGAUUUUCCUAGCUGGAGAAAAUAAAAUAAACACAAAAAGACACACUAAAAAGAUUGAUUAGAGUGACAGAAAAAAAAAACAGAAAUAUAAAAAGUCUUAAAGGAAGAGAAUAAGAAGAAGAAGAAGAAGAAAAGAAAACAGAUGUGAGCUCUGUUUUUUCUUCUCUAUCGUCCUCUGUUUAUAUCCUCUCCCCUCAGUUACUGUCUAUGGCUAGCGACGGUGGCGUUUCUUGUCUACGUAGCUCGGAGAUGCUGAACGUCGGCAUCGGAGGAAUGGAACCUCCGCCGUUAGAUUUAGACGAAGUUCAUGUCUUGGCCGUCGAUGACAGCCUCGUCGAUCGGAUUGUCAUCGAGAGAUUGCUUCGUAUUACCUCCUGCAAAGUGACGGCGGUAGAUAGCGGAUGGCGAGCUCUGGAGCUUCUAGGGCUAGACAACGAGAAAGCCUCCGUCGAGUUACAGAGGUUGAAAGUCGAUAUGAUCAUCACCGAUUACUGUAUGCCUGGAAUGACCGGUUACGAGCUUCUCAAGAAGAUUAAGGAGUCGUCCAGUUUCCGACAAGUCCCAGUUGUAAUAAUGUCGUCGGAGAACGUGUUGACCAGAAUCGACAUGUGCCUCGAGGAAGGCGCGGAGGAUUUCUUGCUGAAACCGGUGAAACUCGCCGACGUGAAACGCCUGAGAAACUGUUUGUCGGGAGACGUAAAGCUCUCCAACGGAAACAAACGGAAGCUUCCGGAAGAUUCCGUUACCGUCGUCCAGGCUUCGCUUCCUCCUCCACCGCCAACGCCGCAGCCAUCGUUGAUGACUCUUUCCACUGAUUCGUCGGACUCUUCUCCGCCGUUAUCUCCCGUGGAGGUCUUUUCUUCGCCGCUCUCGUCUCUUGGUGAUGAUGAUGUGUUGACUUCUUCGCCGGAGUGUUCGCCGACGCCGGAGGAAUCGCCGAUUCGACGGCAGAAGAUGGGGAGUCCGGGGUUAGAUCAGUGAAAGUGUGUUUUGCUUUUACUGGGAUCCGUGUAGUAAUCUAUCUCCGUUAACUUUUUUUUUUUACCUUUGACGGUUUUUUUUAAUUGCACGUUGACUUGACGCCGUCAAUUUAUAGAUGUCCUUUAAUCUCUUUUUUUUUGAAUUAUUUACACCACAAGACAGUUCUUAGUUUUUAAUUACAGAAUGGAGCACUUGUUGCUACCAAGGUAGUUUAUUUUAA